AUGGCUGCUUCUCUGAGACAGAGGUUUCUGCGUGUGCUGUGUUGCGGGGAGCCUCCCCGGGCGUCCUCCAGGGGCGACCCGGGUCACGGGGGUGGCACAGGGGCCCAGGAAGCGCUCCUGAUGGAGGGGUUUCUGUUUAAGAGGACCAGGAGUAGCGAGAAGGGGUACGAGGACGAUUCGAAAUCAGACUCCAGUGAGACGUUAUUGGACAGGGAGAUUCAGUUGGAGGACUCACAGGAACCGCGGGCGUCUUCUGAAGCUCCAGGUGGGAUCAGUUGUGAAAUCGUCUGUGAUGCUCCCAAUAACAAGGAUGCUGAAGAAGAACCCACUGAAGGAGACCCCGGUAAAGGAGAAACUGAUAAAGGAGAAACCACUAAAGGAGAACCCACUGAAGGAGACCCAGCUAAAGAAGAAACUGCUAAAGGAGAACCCACUGAAGGAGACCCCGCUAAAGAAGAAACUGCUAAAGGAGAACCCACUGAAGGAGAACCCGCUAAAGAAGAAACUGCUAAAGGAGAACCCACAGAAGGAGACCCCGCUGAAGAAGAAACUGCUAAAGGACAACCCGCUGAAGGAGAACCCACUGAAAGAGAACCCGGUGAAGGAGAAACCGCUAAAGGAGAAACCGCCGAUGGAGGACGUGAAGAGGAGAAGACGACUGACACGAACCCGGACAGCUUUGAGAGCCGAUACACCGUCGGAGAGCUGCUGGGAAAGGGAGGCUGCGGUUCGGUCUACGAAGGCGUCCGUAAGGUGGACGGGAACCAGGUCAGUGUUGCCAUGAAAUACGUGGUGAAGGAUGAGCACCUCAGAUUUACCAGGAUUCCCGGCGAGACAGAGUUGCUCCCCGUCGAGGUGGCCCUGAUGCGCAUGGUGUCCAGGCCGCCCGCCAGCCCGUACGUGCUGAAGCUCCUGGAGUGGUUCGACACGCCCGAGCGCUGCAUCCUGAUCCUGGAGCGGCCCGUCCCCUGCGUAGACCUCUACCAGCUGAUGCUCAAGACGGGCAGGCUGAGGAUGCAGUUCGCCCGGCAUGUAAUGCGGCAGGUUGUCCUGGCGGUGCUCCACUGCCGGGAUCGCGGUGUCUUGCACAGGGACAUUAAGCGCCAGAAUGUCCUUCUGAACACGGAGACGCUGGAGGUGAAGCUGAUCGACUUCGGAUGCGGCGACCUGUUGAAGGACACUCCGUACUACACGUAUUCAGGCACGUGGGAAUACUCACCACCCGAGUGGAUAACCAAGCAGAAGUACUAUGGCUGCCCUGCGACCGUCUGGAGUCUGGGCGUACUGCUGUUUUUCUUGGUUUGUGGACGCCUGCCAUUUCGGUCUAAGAAGGAGAUCACCAAAGGGCGUCUAGUGUUCAAACCUGGUGUUUCUGAUGCCUGCUGCCAUCUGAUCGAACAAUGCCUCAAGAAGAAGCCCAGCAAGCGCCUCACCAUUGGGCAGAUCCUUCUGCACAGGACUAAGAAGGUUCGAGAUCUCUGGGAGGUCUUUCUGGGUGAGUAGGAGAUGAUGAAGGUUUGAAAUCUAUGCCAGGGUUAAGUCUCUAUUCACAGGACCUCACCGGACCUCCAUGAAUUCAUGAUAGUGUCAAUGAGCAUCUCGAUCCGGAAGACGAGGAGAUUCUUCUUACAGUUACCAGCAGCUUCUUUGUUUAUUAAACAAGUAAAUUGUUCAAUAAAGACGUGAACUGUA